AUGAAAGUACCUUAUACUCCUACACGUAAUCCUCCUCUAGCCAAUCACGAAGCUAUCACUCGUCGUAAGGCCAAAUUCUUUAAAGCCUUUGACUCCCGAGCCCCCGGUCGAUUGCUUCAAGACGUAUGUUAUGACAAGGGAAUCGAAUACAGUACAGGCAAAACAUGGCUACGAAGACGAAGAAUACAGGGAUCUCCUAGCACAAGACGUUCCGGAAAGCAUCGCCCUGGACGUACUCCGAAGAUUCCCACAGAACCCUUGCAGAAAAUGGUCGAUCCAGCGGAGAAUCCUGUACGCAGAGAGCCAUUUCUUGUCCAAUUGGAACAUUUCGGAGUCAAUACAAGCGAACGUACCCUUCAACGAUCACUACGAGCUCGGACCAAUGACGCUCAGCUAUACAAAUGUGCUCAGGUUAAAACAAUUAGCGAGUCAAAUUUGAAACAGCGACGGGAAUACGGUGCACGGAAUCUCGGACAAACAGUGGAGGAUCUUUGGCAAUACGUGGUGUUUACGGAUGAGGCUCAUUAUUCUCGUAAUGCAAUACCGCAAGACCGUGUGUUACGAGAACGGGGUACUCGAUAUGACGUUAAGAACCUUCAAGAAUUGCCUAAUCUCGAACCAUGCUCCGUUCAUGUUUCGGGGAGUAUCUCCUGGCACCACAAAGAGAUUACUAUCUACCAUGACGAGAACGACCCCCCCGAUGUGAAGAUUCCGAAGCCUCGCAAGCCCAUAAGACGUCCCAAACGUGAAACCACUCCAGAAUACGAGCAACGUGUCGAGGAUUGGAAAGAAUCGCUACCACACGACCCGGAAAUCAAAGAAUCGGGCAAUUCAAUGACUCAGAACUACUAUGUCGAUAAGCUUCUACCAGGCCAUAUCGAGAAGGUACAUCACUUACGUACGCAAUUCGGCCGAGGUAUUUUAAUGGAGGAUGGUGAUGGAAGUCAUGGCAAGAAAUCUGGACCAGUCGGACGUGCUAAUCAACUACGUGAGGCCAAUUGGAUUGAAACACUUGAGCACCCUGCCCAAUCACACGACUUGAACCCGAAAGAGGGCAUUUGGAAUAUGCACAAGGCCAGAGUUCAUCGCCGCAGACGUCGAAACAACUUGACGGAGUUGAUACAGGUUAUUUUCGAGGAAUUUAAGGAGAUUAUCAUGUAUGAGGUCCGGGCUCGUAUCGCUUGA